UGGAAUGGGACUUUCCCAACCAUAUGCUUAUAUGUCCACAAACUUUUGUUGCUACAGUGUAAUAUUAACUACCCCUGGCUCUAAUUUGGAGCUUAUCAGCUGCGCUCUUGAUAAAAACAGGACUCAGGUGAAAAAUCGCUUCAGUUUCUUCAAAUCAGCCUGCAAAAAAAUACACUCUCCACUUUGCACACCUCGACUUCAGGAACAAUUUAUUUGCAUAAUUUUUCCAGAUGGACAUGUCCAUGAGAAGAUACACAUGGCUGGCAUUCUGCUUAGUGAUGUCAGGAGUGAGUUUGGGGAAAUCUGAGGAAAAUAAGAAGACAAUGAAGUACGAGUUCAUUAUUGACAUCAUCAGCGUGACCUACAACGAUUCCCUCAGCAACUCUAAAUCUGCCGAUUAUGAAAUAUUGGUAUCACAAGUAAAUGGCGCUCUCUACUCUAUUUACGGCUGUAGCACGUGUCAGACGCACAAGAUUUAUCAAGGAGUAUCAGCGAUGACCUUCAGUGAUCAAGCCGGAAGCGUGCUGGUAAAAGGUGCACUCGUGUUCCAGUCGAACCAACACCAACUCAACGCUAGUGCGAUCAGAGAGAUGUUCCUGAACGCGAUCGCUGGCACUAACAAAAUAAACAAUCUUAAAUUCAACCCUAAAUUCGCACAAGUUAUAUCCGGAUCUACUCCUUCCACUUCAACCAGCACUACAGCUACCACUCGUCCUACCAUCACAACUAAUCAUCCUUCCAGUAUGACCGCCACCAAUCCAGUCACUCGUUCCACCACUCUUUCAACCAUUCAUCCCACCAGUAAAAACACCGCUCAUCCCAACAGUACAAACACCGUUCGUCCUACCAGUACAAACACCGUUCAUCUCACCAGUACAAACACCAUUCGUCCUACCAGUGCAAACACCGUUCGUCCUACCAGUGCAAACACCGUUCGUCCUACCACUACUACAUCCACCACUCAUCCCUCCACUCAUCCAACCGCACAUCCCACUAUUAUAAUCACCACUCACAAUGCUGCCUCUUCUAUAACCCUGAAUUCAUUUCUCUUUUAUACUGUUUCUUUUACUGUCUUCUUCCUUACCAGCUAUUCUUUUUAAUCCUCCAAACUUACUGCAUCAUAAUAAUUAGUUAUAUUUUGUCCCAUUGUUGAAAUAUUAUUACACCCACCCAGUCCCAGCACUCCAACCGCACUCCAACCACCACUCAUCCUCCAAAUCACCCCACCAUUCCAACCACCACCCGUCUCUUAAAUCACCCCAACACUCCAACCACCAUUCGUCCUCCAAAACACCCCACCACCCCAACCACCACUCGUCCCCCAAAUCACCCCACCAUUCCAACCACCACUCGUCCCCAAAAUGACCCCAUCUCUACAACCACCACUUGUCCCCAAAAGACCCCACCACUCUAACCACCACUUGUACCCUAAAUCACCCCACCAAACAAACAACCCCAAAUAGUCCUAUAGCUUCAGUCACAGAUUGUUCUACCAGUGAACCACCACUAUUACCCUUCACAAUCACAACUUGGCCUACUACCACUAUGACCACAGCUACAACAUCACUCUACAACAAUGACACCAUUCUUCCCCAACAACCAGAAUUCAUCCCACCACUAUGUGAUCCCACUGAGAACCAGCUCUGAUUCUUAUUCCUUAAUCCUGAGGACACACCAAUGACAUCUCUUUAUCCUUUCAUUAAUAUUGUAUCACUUUCUUAUAUCUGGUAUAGUGUUUCAUUCUGACUCAUUAGCUCUUCUUGGGUAAAACGGCUUGACCAUGUACCAUUACAACCAGCUACAGUGUGUGACUGUAAUAAUAAUAAUAAUAAUAAUAAUAAUAAUAAUAAUAAUACAGUGUAUGGUUCAUAAAAAGAAAAGGAAAAUCAUCGUAUUGCAAGCUGAUGUGAGAAAAUGGAAUAAAAGUUGUUACAGCUGUUGCUGAAA